UCUCUUCCCUUGUUUAAAAUUACGACCACUUCUCCUGUAUUCUUCUCCUUCCCCUACUCCAUUACAGGUACAUACACUCGCUAACUUUCUCCCUCACACACAAACGUUCUUCGCUCUCCCAAGUCCCAAUUAGUCUUCGCAAUUAAUCAUGUAUCGGUUUGCAGCAAAUCUUGCCUCCAAAGCCAGGGUUGCCAGAAACAGCAGCCAACAGAUUUCUAGUCGAUUGGGAUGGAGCAGAAAUUAUGCGGCAAAAGAUAUUAGAUUUGGAGUAGACGCCAGGGCUUUGAUGCUAAAGGGCGUCGAGGAUCUUGCUGAGGCUGUCAAAGUUACUAUGGGUCCAAAGGGCCGUAAUGUGGUUAUUGAACAAAGUUGGGGUGCUCCCAAAGUAACAAAAGAUGGUGUAACGGUAGCAAAAAGUAUUGAAUUCAAGGACAAAGUCAAGAACAUAGGUGCAAGCCUAGUUAAGCAAGUUGCAAAUGCAACUAAUGAUGCUGCUGGUGAUGGAACUACUUGUGCUACAGUUCUCACCCGUGCAAUAUUUGCGGAGGGUUGCAAGUCUGUUGCAGCUGGUAUGAAUGCAAUGGACCUUAGGCGUGGAAUCAACAUGGCUGUAGAUGAUGUAGUAACAACGUUAAAGAGCAGGGCAAGGAUGAUAAGCACAUCAGAAGAAAUAGCACAGGUAGGGACAAUCUCUUCAAAUGGAGAAAGAGAAAUUGGUGAGUUGAUUGCUAAGGCAAUGGAGAAAGUAGGCAAGGAGGGAGUUAUCACUAUUCAAGAUGGAAAAACACUCUUUAAUGAGCUUGAAGUUGUUGAAGGAAUGAAGUUAGAGAGGGGCUACAUAUCACCAUAUUUCAUUACAAAUACGAAGACCCAGAAAUGUGAGUUGGAUGACCCCCUGAUUCUGAUCCAUGAGAAGAAAAUAUCAAGCAUUAAUGCUGUUGUAAAGGUGUUAGAAUUGGCUCUAAAGAGACAAAGACCCCUUCUGAUUGUUUCUGAAGAUGUGGAUAGUGAAGCCCUUGCUACUCUGAUUCUCAACAAGCUUCGUGCUGGAAUCAAGGUUUGUGCAAUAAAAGCUCCUGGGUUUGGUGAAAAUAGAAAGGCCAGUCUGCAGGAUCUUGCGGCUCUAACCGGUGGCCAAGUGAUAACUGAAGAGCUUGGAUUGAACAUUGACAAUGUUGAAUUGGACAUGUUAGGCUCAUGUAAAAAGGUCACUGUAUCCAAGGAUGACACUGUGAUCCUUGAUGGUGCUGGAGACAAGAAGGCAAUAGAGGAAAGAUGCGAACAGAUUCGAUCUGGUAUCGAGUUGAGUACAUCUGACUAUGACAAGGAGAAGCUGCAAGAGAGGCUGGCUAAGCUUUCUGGUGGUGUGGCAGUUUUGAAGAUUGGAGGGGCUAGUGAAGCUGAAGUUGGUGAAAAGAAAGACAGAGUUACGGAUGCUCUAAAUGCCACCAAGGCUGCUGUGGAAGAAGGAAUUCUACCAGGUGGUGGCGUAGCUCUUCUCUAUGCUUCUAAAGAGUUGGAAAAACUGCAAACAGCCAACUUUGAUCAGAAGAUUGGUGUUCAGAUUAUUCAGAAUGCAUUGAAGACCCCAGUACAUACAAUUGCCUCCAAUGCUGGAGUAGAGGGUGCUGUUGUUGUCGGCAAGUUGUUGGAGCAAGAUAACCCUGAUCUCGGAUAUGAUGCUGCUAAAGGUGAAUAUGUAGAUAUGGUAAAAGCAGGAAUUAUUGAUCCACUGAAAGUAUUAAGAACAGCUUUGGUUGAUGCCGCAAGUGUUUCUUCUCUACUGACUACAACUGAGGCCGUGGUAGUCGAGCUCCCCAAGGAAGAGAAGGCAGCUCCUGCCAUGGGUGGUGGCAUGGGUGAUAUGGACUACUGAUCGCUGGACUUGUCCUAAAUGGCUGACUUACACUGAAAUAAGUUUUAGGAGUUCUUGCCAUUCGAAACUGUGUAGGACCAAACGCAUCCCCUGUAAUCAUAGUGAAGAGUCAUUACUUCUAGGAACUGGGAGAAUUGGUAGUUGCUUUAUCUCAGUACGGGAUUGCCAUUCUUGAUUUUGAGGAAAUGAGUUCUCCUUUAGUUGGAUUAUAUGUUGGCUACUGUCAAUUUAUUGGACAUUGACUAUUCUUCAAGCAGGUUAUGCACUUUGUCCAAAAAAAAAAA